AAAGGCCCGAAAUCUCCGGGAUUCCUUGCUCCCCUGUGACAGCAACUGGAGGAAGCAGGCGGACGCAUCGUGGGGGCUGAGGCCUCUUAUUCUUGGAGGGGAGGACACUGGACACUUCCCCACGCAACUCCCAUCUCUGGCCCCCGAGUUUGUGCAUGGCGAAGUCCCCGGAGAACUCUACCCUGGAGGAGAUUCUGGGGCAGUAUCAACGUAGUCUCCGGGAACGUGCAAAUAGAAGCAUUCACCAGUUGAAAUGUGCCCUGAGAGAAGGUGAUGUCACCGUUGGAGAAGAUAUGCUGGAUCCUUCUUUUAAUACCAGUGUAGGAAACGAGGAUGCUGGAAAUGCCUGGCGUGAACUACAACACAGCCAUGCCGUUAAUCAACUCAAAGCUUUGUUGCGCCAACAAGCAACCGAGGAAAGUGAGGUAUCUCUAAGAAGACAAGAAACAUCCUCUUUGAGGUCAUCAGAAUGUGAGGAAACCAAUAUGCCUACUGUCCACAAUCUUGUUCCUAUCAUCAAUGACCAGUCUCAGUACAUUUAUCAUUUAGAGGCAGAAGUCAAGUUCUGCAAGGAGGAACUCUCUGGAAUGAAAAAUAGGGUACAAGUAGUUGUGCUUGAAAAUGAAAGGCUCCAACAAGAGCUGAAAUCUCGAGGACAAGAAGAAAUGAGGGAACAAACACUUCUGGAUGAAUCUGGAAACAUGCAGAAUUCUUGGAUUACAACAGGUGAAGACUAUAGGGUAGAUGAAGCUGCAAAGGGAUCAUUUUCAUGUGGCAAUGCCGAUACUAUUAAAGUUGCUUCUGCUGGUGAGGCUGAAAAAUGGAAACUAGAACUGGAGAGACUAAAACUUACUUAUGAGGAAAAGAGUGAAAUCCUGGAAUCUCAAUUGACUUUUUUGAGGAAAGACUUAGCUGAAUAUCAGAAAAACUGUGAAGAUCUUAAAGAGCAACUAAAGCAUAAAGAGUCACUUCUUGCUGCUAAUAUUUCUAACCGUGUUGGUGGUCUUUGUUUGAAAUGUGCUCAGCAUGAAGCUGUUCUUUCCCAAACCCAUAAUAAUGUUCACAUACAAACCAUUGAAAGACUGACUAAAGAAAGAGAUGACUUAAUGUCUGCGCUAGUUUCCUUGAGGAGCAGCUUGACAGAGGUGCAGCAAAGAGAAGCAAGUGCUUAUGAGCAGGUGAAACAAGCUGUGAAAAUGACUGAGGAAGCCAGUUUUGAAAAAACUAAGGCUUUGAUCCAAUGCGAACAGUUGAAAAAUGAGCUGGAGAGGCAGACAGAUCGACUUGAGAAAGAACUUGCAUCUCAGCAAGAAAAAAGAACCUUUGAGAAAGAGAUGUUGAAAAAAGAAAUAACAAAAGAAAGAGAAGACAUGGGCUCUAAGAUGUUGACCCUAUCUCAGAAUAUUGCCCAACUGGAGGCUGAGGUGGAAAAGGUUACAAGAGAGAAAAUUUCAGCUGUUCAUCAACUCGAGGAAAUUCAAAACCAGCUUGCUUCCCGGGAAAUGGAUGUCACAAAGGUGUGUGGAGAAAUGCGCUAUCAAUUGAAUAAAACCAAAAUGGAGAAGGAUGAGGCCGAAAAGGAGCACAGAGAGUACAGAACAAAAACUAAAAGGGAUCUUGAAAUUAAAGAUCAGGAAAUAGAGAAAUUGAGUUUAGAACUGAGUGAAAGCAAGCAGCGCUUGGAACAGCAGCAAGAGAAGGCAGCCCGGGCCAGAGAGGAGUGCCUGAAACUGACAGAACUGCUAGGCGAAUCCGAGCACCAACUGCACCUCACCAGACUGGAAAAAGAUAGCAUUCAGCAGAGCUUUAGCAAUGAAGCAAAGGCCCAAGCCCUUCAGGCCCAGCAAAGAGAGCAGGAGCUGACACAGAAGAUACAGCAAAUGGAAGCCCAGCAUGACAAAACUGAAAAUGAACAGUAUUCAUUGCUGACCUCCCAGAAUUCAUUUAUGACAAAGUUGAAGGAAGAGUGCUGCAUGUUAGCCAAGAAACUGGAACAAAUCUCCCAGAAAAGCAGAUCUGAAAUAGCUCAGCUCAGUCAAGAAAAAAUGUAUACAUAUGACAAACUGGAAAGGUUACAGAGAAGAAAUGAUGAAUUAGAGGAACAGUGUGUCCAGCAUGGGAGACUGCAUGAGAUAAUGAAGCAAAGGCUGAAGCAGCUAGACAAGCACAGCCAGGCCACGGCCCAGCAGCUGGUGCAGCUCCUCAACAAGCAGAACCAGCUUCUGCUGGAGAGACAGAGCCUGUCGGAAGAGGUGGGGCACCUGAGAUCCCAGAAGGUCCCGGGAGAAGCACAGGUCGGGCAGAGAUCCUGUGGGGUAGCAGCCAUGGAACGACGUACACUCCUGUCACCCAGCUCCUCCGACGUGCCCAGUUACCCAGCAUGCCACAAUCUGAUUGCUGACCUGGAUGAAACAGAGUGAAAUAAAUGAUUUACAAAGAGAUAUUUACAUUCAUCUGAUUUGUACGUAAUAUGCCACAAUGCAUCGCGACCUUCCCAAUGGACCCCACCUCAGACUGCGGUGGGCUGCGUCAUCAUCGCCACAUUCAUUGCCAAGCGGUCCCUGCAGGACGGACGGGCUGGAGCUGAAGUCUGACACUAGAUGAGGAGAUCUCCUGGUGUAUGUUUUCAGAAAAGGCUUGAAGUUAUUAUGUUUUUAUAUCUGCUCAUUUGUAUGCUCUGUUACACAUACGAAUUUCAAUAAAUGAAAUUUUUGAAGACUCGAA